AUGUCCGAUCGCCCACAAUUCCCAGCGGCUCAUACAACCGAGUCGACCGCUUCCUCCGUCCCGAGCCUUUCUACUGCCACAACCUGCUCGGGGAGCAGCGAUUCAUCAAAGGCUCCGCUUAACUCUUCGUCUUUGCCACACUUCUUCCACCGUCACAGCAGAGGCGCCAGCUUGGGUGGGAGAACAUCCCCGCCAACAGCAACCUCUCACCUGGAACCACCCACCUCUCCGUCCCGAGGCCAUUUCUUCAGCUCAUUCUCUCAUUCCCGAUCUCGCUCCCAGUCUCGAGCAAAGUCUCCUGCUCCAGCUCCAAUUGAUACGAGCACAGAUCAUCAUAUUGCGCAUGCUGGCCAACAAGUUACUUCGCCCACACAAAUAAUGAGCCCGGAGUUAAACACUCCCGACUCAGCGACGGAUGAAUGUCAGAAGAAGAAGCGCCAUUCUCGCAAGAGCAGCGGUUCCAAUCAUAAGCGCCGAAGCAGCACUAUGACGCAGGUUGGCAGACAUGGGAAUGAUUGGCUCUUCAACGGCUUCAGCGUGAGAGACCAUGUUGGGAAGUUUCUAGACCAUGACAAGUAA